AUGUAUGACUCGGAUGAUGCCUACAAUAGGUCGCCAGGGUUAGAGGCGACAAAGGUCAAUUAUGGAGACAAUCCAUCACCACCGCCAUUUGUCCCAACCGACCCCAAAGAUGGCGCGACGGGUCCCCGUAAGCCCGCGCCAGAGAAUCAGACCUCAACCCGUGAGGGCGACCGAGUGCUGAUGGGGUUUCUAGCACCGAACCACCCCGAAAUCGCCAUCUCUGCUAGGGACACUCCGCUGGAUUUAGAUCGCAAAAGUCAAAAGCCACCGUCAGACUUUGAUCCCAGGAAAUUAAAUCCUUUAAAUCCUUUCGCAAAGACUGAGAAGGAGAUCACGGAAAAGCCGGCCCUGGCUCCGAUCCCAGAGAAAGAGGAAUUGAGAAAACGCCUUCCGUCAAUCAGUGAACGUGCGGCGGAAUUGCCUUUCAGCAAAACACCCCCAGAGAUCAAGUCCCGACUGCCAUCAUUACAACCGAUCCAAGCAUCGCCAGGGUCCUGCGCAAACUCCCCAGAAAGCAGUCAAACCCUACCUUCAAUCCGCGAAACGCUCAGUGCAUUGACAGACUUUGGCCCACACCCUCCACACCCGUCACGUCCAUUUUCAUCAUGUCCGACAUCAACAACAUCAGGGAACGACUCUCCUUACGAUCGACCAUUCCCGGCCAAGUUUCCCAUUCCCGCGAGUCCUUACUCUCACUACUCGCCCGUGAGCAUGAAAGACUCCUCUACCAACCCUUCUCCGGCCUCGCAUGGGGCUUUCUGGCGAGGUCCCACUCAGACCGAUAUUCUAACAGCUCCAACCCCGUAUGAGGCUUCUCCAAUGACAGCCACGAGUCCUACCAGCUAUCCUACACCGACUGAACAGGUUGGGACAGGAAUGAGUGAUCGUGUCUCACUCGCUGCGUCGACUCCUCAGGCCAAUGGGGGGCCGACCGGUAGUUACAAGUGCACCCAUCCGGGGUGUACUGCCGCACCUUUCCAAACACAAUAUCUCCUUAACUCCCACGCCAAUGUGCACUCCCAAGAUCGACCCCAUUUCUGCCCAGUAGAAGGCUGCCCACGCGCCCUCGGAGGUAAAGGCUUCAAACGCAAAAAUGAAAUGAUGCGCCACGGUCUCGUCCACAACUCUCCGGGCUACGUGUGUCCCUUCUGUCCAGACCAACAACAUAAAUACCCUCGACCCGACAAUCUUCAACGACAUGUCCGUGUACACCACGUCGACAAGAACAAAGACGAUCCAAUUCUGAGACAGGUUCUCGCCCAAAGGCCUAUUGGCAGUGCCCGUGGCCGAAAGCGAAGGAUGAACAAUACUUGA